ACAGAUUAAGGAAUAGAAGAUUCAGACUCGUUAAUACAAAUAUAUAUAAACUCCAAAAACCUUAUGCUAAAAUCCAUUUCCUUUUCUAUUUCUUUCACAACCUCUUUGGCUCCUUUAAACCCUCCAUCGAUCGCUCUCUCCAAACAAAAACCUUCUUCAUCAACUACAACUACUUCAACCUGCCCUCCUACGUACGUAGCCAUUUUCAAUUCCCAUCCUUUUUUCUCUGUCUUUCUCCAAACAGAAAACCAUGGCGAAAGCGCCAAUCAAGCGAAAACAGAAGAGCAAUUCUGAUGAUAAUGUCAAGAUAUCUACUACUAGUACGAAAUCUAACAAGCGAACGAGGAAAUGUUUGCCUAGAGAAACCCCUUUUCAGCGUAGCUCCAAAUAUCGCGGUGUCACUAGGCAUAGAUGGACGGGUAGAUAUGAAGCACAUUUGUGGGAUAAGGAAUGCUGGAAUGAUACACAAAAGAAGAAAGGAAGACAAGUAUAUCUUGGUGCUUAUGAUGAUGAAGCAACAGCUGCGCGAGCUUAUGACAUGGCAGCACUAAAGUAUUGGGGCAAAGAGACCAUAUUAAAUUUUUCACUAUCAAAUUAUGAGAAUGAGAUGAAAGAGAUGGAUGGAUUGUCAAGAGAAGAGUAUUUAGGAUCACUAAGAAGGAAAAGUAAUGGUUUUUCAAGAGGGGUCUCAAAAUAUAGAGGAGUUGCAAGACAUCACCAUAAUGGAAGAUGGGAAGCUCGGAUUGGAAGAGUGCUUGGCAACAAGUACCUUUAUCUCGGGACAUUUGCUACACAAGAAGAGGCCGCAACCGCCUAUGACAUGGCUGCAAUUCAAUAUAGGGGACUCAAUGCUGUCACAAACUUUGACCUUAGCCACUACAUUAAUAAUAUGGAGAAACCCAACAACUCAUGUGAUGAUCAUCAACCAAUUAGCCCUAAUGAUGUUGACCUUAGUACAUCUACUUGUAGUAGCAAUCAAGGCUUGCUAGAGUACACAUUUGAGCAGACACAUGAUCAAAUAGUAGAUGAUGCUAUUAGCAUCGAUCAACUUAUCUGGGACGGCCAACUAUCAACAACUGAUUGUUUGUCGUCAACAACAUUGCUAGAUUUUAAUGAAUACGAUGAAUUGUUGCAAUAUACUGUGAUGGCGAAUAAUAAGAAUAACUUAUAUUCGUGUGUGGAUGGUCAAGGUGAUUCCACGGAUGAUAUAGGAAGCGGUGAAAAAGAUUUCUUUAGUGAUCUUAACUCACUUUUGUGCGAUUUUGAUGUUAUGGAGUCCCAACAAAUUGACAUUUGAACGCAUGUCUAGAAGUUAAAGUUGAGAAAGGGUGAUAUACGUGUAUUCUUUAUCAAGAUUUCAAUAUUUGUAGCACUACCUUAAAGAGGAUAUAGUAUAGGUACUCAGAUUAUUUGUUAUUUGUUAUGAUUGAUUGGUACAUAUUCAACAAUAUUACUCCGUAUGUGUGGGUUUUCUAUUUUCUUCAUAGAGUUAAGAGAAUUUUCUAUUUUCUAUUUUUUUUUCGACCAAAAACGCUCUUUUUUCGACUACUAUUGGCGGUCGGAAAUUCGUCGUAUUCUUGUAGUGAUUGAUUGUAUUUUUGGGCUCAUAGGAAAUGGAACAAUGUAUUUCGUAUUAAAUUAUUAAAUACUCCCUCCAU